AUGAAUUUAUCAUCAGUUUUGAUAACCUUCUUAGCAUGCUCGCCUACUCUUAGAUUUUCGAUGCUGUCUUAUGAAUAUGUUUCUUCUGUUGUCGAAACAGAAUUCAUCAUCAGCUAUUAUGAACAUUCUUGUGCACAAUCUCGUCAUCGUUUUCUAAAAUCCAUACUCAAUUCGUUUCCAUUGAAUUAUUCCAUAAUGGAGAGAUGGUAUCCACCAUCUAAUGCGAAGGAGAAAAAAAGUGAUUUUGAUGUAAUCAGGAUAUUUAAUCUUAGUCGUAUGGAUGUAUCAAAUUUUAUCCAAUACUUAUCUAAUGUCAGCCAAAUAAAAUCAGUUUCACCACAAAAACAAAUAAAUCGUGUUCUUUUAAACUAUGGUAUAAAUGAUGGAGAAUUUCUGCACAAUUCCAGUCAUCUAGAUUCAAGAAGAAAUUUGAAACUGUUUGGCAAUUCACAGAGAUAUUCUCCUGGAACUUUACCAUUAGAUCCGUUAAAACAGCCAUGGAAACUGUUACAGGCGGAAUAUGCUUGGUCUCGUGGUUUGUGCGGUAAUGGUGUUCGUGUGGGCAUAUUUGAUACAGGAUUGGCACCAUCUGAUCAUAAACACUAUUCAUUAAGUAAUAUUAUUGAAAGAACUGAUUGGACAGUUGAUAUAACUAAUAGAUCCUAUUCUGAUGAUUCUAUUGAAGCUUUAGAUCGACAUGGUCAUGGAACAUAUGUUACAGGUUUAAUUGCUGCUCAAAAUCCUAAUUUAUAUUACUCAAAAUUUAUUAAUUCUUUUAAUAAACAUGAUGAUUCUACUUGUCCACCUUGGGGAUUUGCACCACGUGCUGAUUUAUUCAUAUUUCGUGUAUUCACUGAUACACAAAUAUCUUAUACAUCAUGGUUUUUAGAUGCAUUCAAUUAUGCAAUUAGUCGAAAAUUACAUGUUAUCAAUCUUAGUAUUGGUGGACCAGAUUUUUUAGAUAAACCUUUUGUUGACAAGGUUUUAGAAUUAUCCGCAAAUGGAAUACUAUUAGUUUCUGCUAUCGGGAAUGAUGGCCCUUUAUUUGGAACAUUAAAUAAUCCAGCUGAUCAAAUGGAUGUUUUAGGUGUUGGCGGUGUAGAUGCUUUGGGUCGCGUUGCACGAUUUUCUUCACGUGGAAUGACUGGUUGGGAACUUCCAGCUGGUUAUGGACGUGUAAAACCGGAUAUUGUUACUUUUUCUACUGGUGUUAUCAGUUCUAAUCUAGACGAAAAAUGUCGUGUAUUAUCAGGAACUAGCGUAGCAUCUCCAAUUGUAACAGUUGUUAGUUUAUUAAUUAAUGCUGCUUUAAAUCAUAAUGCCAACUUAAUUAAUCAUGAAAAUGGUAGUCUAUAUCAUAUGAAUAUAGAUAACUAUCCAUUUGUACCUGUUAAUCCAAUUAGUAUUAAACAAGCUUUAAUAGCCAGUGCAAAUCAAUUAAAUUCAGUACGUGUAUUUGGUACGAAUUCAAUAAAAUGGUUACAAGAAACUGAUCAAAGUAGUAUGUUUGAACAAGGCGCUGGUUUGGUAAAUCUUCAGUCAGCCCUAAAGAUUGUACAGCGUAUGAAACCUCAAGCAAGUCUGAUGCCUAGUUAUUUGGAUUAA